UUCACCAGUGGUUGCAAAUGUGUACAUUACAGUACAUCUCAGGUUUGUUUGCAAGAACAAGCUUCAACUUCAUCUUGUGAUAAAAUGCCAUCUAUUUGUGAAGGAUCUCAUGUUUGUUUGCAAGAACAGCCUUUAGCCUCAUUUUGCAAUGAAAUACCAUCUAUUUGUGAAAGCUCUGAUGAUGUUCUUUUAAGGAAUUUUAUAAAACAGCAGACUGAAUUGAUCUCGCUUCUGCAAUGCCAGAACAAAAUAUUACUGAAAGAACUUACAGCAACCAAAAAAAAAAAAAAAAAAAAUGAAAUUAAUGUUUUAAAAAAAUGGCAUAGCACUGAAAUUCAACUUCAUGACCUUCAAGUACAGCAUGAGGAAUUGCUGAAAGGAGUGAAAACAUUUCUUUCAGAUGAACAAAUAGCAAUGUUGAAAAUUCCUCGUAGAAGCAUUGCAAAAUGGUCUAACGAGGGAGGGAAUAAUAAAAGGCCUCAAAGUUAG